UGUGUAUAUAAAUAGGCAUGCAUAUUACGGUGAGAAGUGUGGAAAUAGAGUUAAUUGUUUAACAUGACAACAUCUCAAGUCCAGAAGAUAGAAACAGAGUUUCCUAUUAAGGCAGAUGCUAAGGAAUUCUAUGAUGUUUUCUGCAACAAGACACACCAAGUUGCCAAGGCUUGGCCUGAUAUUGUAAAGAGUGUUGUAAUUCAUGAAGGUGAAUGGGGCACUGAGAGAUCCAUCAUUUCAUGGAACUAUGUUUACGAUGGCAAGGCUUGUGUUGCUAAGGAGAUUAUUGAAGACAUUGACAAAGAAGACAAUAAAAUGAGCUUUAGAGUGUUGGAAGCAGACCUGGUGAAGCACCACUACAAGAGCUUCAAGUUCUUGCUUCAUGCUGUUCCCAAGAAAGAGGGAGGAAGCAUGGUGCACUGGACCAUAGAAUAUGAAAAGAUCAACGACAACACUUCUGAUCCUCACACUUUGUUGCAGUUGGUAGUUGAGGAGAGCAAACAGGUUGAAGCUCACCUUAUUUCCCAAGACUGCUGAAAAAGUGAUGAAUAAUUCACAUCAAAGUAAUGGUGAAUUUGAAGCUGGGUAAUUGGAGCUAUAUAAUAAUACUAUUAUGAUAGGCCAUUAUGUAUCUUUGCUAAAAUAAUGGGCAAUGGCAUAAGCUACUAUAUAUACUAAGCUUAUUGAGCCGAGAUGCAUGUUUCGUGUCCUACGUUCAAUAAUAAAUAAUAAAUUAUUAAGUUGUCUUGUGAAAAUGAGAUAUCAUUGCCGAGAAAUACU